UAUUAAAUGAGAGCCUGCUGCCCGAGCCGCGUUUUACAUCCCCAGCAGUAUUUUCAACUGAGGAUUCCUCCUGGGGAAGGGGUAGCCGGUCAACAUGGCUCAGGGGUUUGUGAACAGCAAAAUCCACCCGGGGAAGGUGGUCGUGUUCAUCAAGCCCACCUGCCCCUACUGCAGAAAGACCCAAGAGCUCCUCAGUCAACUGCCCUUCAAACAAGGGCUUCUGGAGUUCGUGGAUAUCACAACCAGCGAUGAUACAGACGAGAUUCAAAAUUAUUUAGAAGAGCUCACAGGCGCUAGAACGGUUCCUCGGGUCUUCAUUGGUAAAGAGUGUAUAGGUGGAUGCAAUGAUCUAGUCACCUUGCAACAGAAUGGGGAGCUACUGAAUCGACUGAAGCAGAUUGGAGCUCUGCAGUAAAGACAAGGGAAUGGCAGCCAGCAGACUCCAUGCUGAGAACAGAUGACCUGCCCCAUGCCGACUCUUUCGAGAGCUGACUGGAGUCACAAAGGAUGGCAGCAUUUCCUGGUGACUGUUCUGAGCAAAAGCAACUGUUUUUCUUUUUCCUUCAACAUUAAAAAGUGGGCCAAUUUGCCUCUAGCCAUGAGACCAAGAAGGUUAACAGACCAUGUUGGUUUUCUUAUGAUCCAUUCAUGUGCCAGCAUGUUUCUACCUCUAAGCAAGUAUUUCUCAACCAAAUUAUCCCCAAUGAAUCAGUUGUUUGUUUUCUGCUACUGCCCAUCAGUUGAAAUGAUUUUGAAGAACUUGACUUUAUGAAGUGUUAUGAAAUCAGUAGAUAUUGUGCAUGUUUUUUUUUUCAAAUCAUAUGCAUCUCCCUCCUGAACCCAUCCCACCUUGACAAUCACUGUGCUGAGUCAGUGUUCUCAACUUACCAACUCCUAGGACUCAUAGAAGGCAGAUUUCUGUGACGGUCCCCAUUUGAGAAAUGGAUGAAGUUAAUUAAGCAUGGCUGGUCUUCACUGUGGCUCUGCAAGCAUGAGAGCAGACAGUACAAACAUGUCCAACAGUCAGUGGAGAUAAAUGUCCAGAAAAAUCCCGAAUAGCUGUGUGUUUAUUUGAUUUUGGCUACCAGUAAAAUUAAAUGUGAAAUGCAAAAUUAUAGGAUCCUCCCCUCAAGACUAUGUCUAUAAAAGAAUCCAGGUUUGAGAAACACUUCUCUAAAUAAUUUCUUCUGCCCACAGUUUGACAACUUGAGUCCCUUUCUGUGAUGUUUAAUUGUCUGUUCUGGAACUGCAAGUUCUUUGUGUGGUCUCUAGUGGGAAGGGCUUGUUUCUUUUCUAAUAAAAAUGUACCUGCAGGUGGCUCAUGA